GUGAAGUUUGCCGGCAGAAUAGAUCUAUUGGGAGUGAGAAGUUGUCAAGUAGAUCUAGUAAAUUUAGAAUGGAAACUUGGGUCUCCGUUGCUGGAUUAGGUGGAGGUGGUGUUCUUGCAGCAGCAUGUGCCUACAAAGUUCUUAGACCACGCUUCCCAGUGCGUGUCAACUGUUGGUUCUGCAAUGCCGACACGGUGGUGCCGUACGGGAACCGCAACUGCUGGGACUGUCCAAGCUGUGAUCAGUACAAUGGAUUCGACAAAGCAGGGGACUACAACAAAGACAUACCGGCCCAGCACAUGCUGGAACUGAAUCAUGGUAUUGGUUGUCGCCCGGAGGAGUAUCUCGGCAGCUCCUCAGCUCUCUGUAAUGGAUGUGAACAGAACCAGCUGCUCAAGGUCAAACAGCUGGCCAGCUUUGUGCCCAUGAAUGAGGACAACUAUGAUGCUGAGAUUGACGCCUACAAGGACCACCUGGAGAGGGUGUAUGAACUCUGUGACCCCUGCAAGGUCGUUGUGGAGCAUGAGUUGAUGAAGCAGGAUGAUGCUCUCCGGGCCAAGCUGGAUGCCAAUACAUCGACCAUGUCCAACACUUCACAACAGUCUCACCUGAAAGGAGUGUCAGAGCUGUCCUCCCCAGCACAGUGCACUGCGGGUGAUCUUCUCGGUAUGACGUCUCUGGUGUGUGCAUGUUUGGUGCUGGCCUACAGCCUGGGCCAGUAUCCCAGCAUGAUCUCUGAUGUGUGGCCACUGUUGACAUUCGUGGAGAUGAUGCAGCCGUAUCAGCAGGCUGUCCACUACACCGGCCUCUGUCUGUGCCUCAUGUCCAAGAUACUCAUCGGGAAGGACAGACUGUUCCUGGUAGAUGUUGUGGUGAGCAUCACCUGGAUAUUAUGUGCAGCUGCAGUGACAAGGGACAUAACUCUGUGGUCACCUGGGAUGGCUGUGGACAACAAGGUGCUGACGGUCCUGUUUGGUGUAAACUUGGUGCUGUCUGUGGCCAGCUGCAUCAUCACCAGGAGGAGGACGACAGCCACAACCAAGACCUUCAGGAGGCUUUCUCUCGACAAAAGCACAGGCAGCUAUCAGAGUGAGGCUGAAACGGUUGCCAUAUCCUCCGUCAGCACCAGUCGAAGGGCACAAGCUGACCAGUCAGAGGUGAAGGAGGAGGGCACAACCUGACCUUGAG